AUGAUUCGGAUGCUGGGCGUGCGAACACCUGUGCGAGUGCUGACACAGAGUCUGGCACAGAGGUGUCACUCCUCAGGCCCGAAAGGCUCGCCUCACGCCUCUACAAGCGGAGGUAGUGCGCCCUUGAGCGAGUCUACGCAAGCGCCCGGUCAAGCACCGGCAGUCGAUGAGCUACCGAAUACAGCCAAUGAAAUUGAGGCACCAGCGCAGCCAGGGCCAGGCGGUAUUCCGCCGCGAGCGACGCCGAUCCAUUUUCAAAAAGACGCCAAGCAGACCGGCGAGCAAGGCAUACCAGAGGGAGCAGACAAAGAUGCAUCAUAA